ACGGUAAUGUUCACCAUCCGGGAAUCAAUGUGAACCACAAUGACCCCAACCACACACCCGAACCAGAGGAUCUUUUGCCAGUGAAACGCCAGGAGCAUCAUCCCCAACCGACCCAUCAUCCCCAGCCAACUGAUGCACCACUGAAGAGACAAGAGCAUACAACCCACCCCCAUCCCACCCACACCCCUCACCCCAAUAAGAGACAAGAGCAUACAACCCACCCACACCCUACCCACACCCCUCACCCUAAUAAGAGACAAGAGCAUACAACCCACCCACACCCUACCCACACCCCCCACCCCAAUAAAAGACAAGAGCAUACAACCCACCCCCACCCCACCUCCACACCCCUCACCCCAAUAAAAGACAAGAGCAUACAACCCAUCCCCAUCCCACCCACACCCCUCACCCCAAUAAGAGACAAGAGCAUACAACCCACCCACACCCUACCCACACCCCUCACCCCAAUAAGAGACAAGAGCAUACAACCCACCCACAUCCCACCCACACCCCUAAUCCCAAUAAGAGACAAGAUCAUACACCACACCCUCACCCAACUCAUAACCCCCAAGUUACACCUGACCCACUUGAUUUUAUUCCACUGAAGAGACAAGAUCAUACACCCCACCCACACCCAACUCAUAACCCCCAUGUUACACCUGACCCACUCGAUUUUAUUCCACUGAAGAGACAAGAUCAUACACCCCACCCUCACCCAACUCAUAACCCCCAUGUUACACCUGAACCACUUGAUUUUAUUCCACUGAAGAGACAAGAUCAUACACCCCACCCACACCCAACUCAUCCAACGCCCGAACCAAUUAUAUUUUAAUAAGUUCACCUUGCUAUCGUCAGGACAGAUAGACUUGCCGAAACAGACAAAUUAUGUAAUGUAUUUUGUCUUUGUAUACGUUUAAUUAACAAGAGAACAUAUAACACAUUUUUAAACCAGAAAGUGGUGAAAAUAAAGUAAUAGUUU